AUGGCUGAAAACCUGCAUCAGACGGCCCAAAACAUCGUUGAAGAUAUCAGAUCUGGGCUUCACGGCGUCCACGGCGCAGGUGACGUUCUCCGCGGGGGCGCCAUGGAAGCUCUUGACAGAAUCUUCCACAAACAAGAGGGCGAGGAGAGAAAUAGAGAAAUCGCCCAGCACGGUCUGGCCGAGAUGAGGGGAACCGAAUAUCGCUUUGAAGAGAAACACCGCCAGUAUGAAGCACUUCAUGUGGGAGCUCAUGGCGGUGUCGGAGAUGACCACCACCACCACGCUGGUCAUGGGCAGGGAAGCCAUCUUGCCCACUCUCGUGCAAAGGAUGUGGCAGUUGAAGAACAUCAUAAGGAGACAGGAAUCGUGUCUGAAGAAGGCGAUAGUCUGAGCGCAGCGCGGGCGGCGAUGCAGGAAAAGUAUUAA